AGUCUUUCCAACGGCAUGGCCUUGCUCCUGUGUCGAUGGGUCAGAGGAGGGAGAGUGGUCUGUCCUCUGACUGUUGAAGAGCUUUCUCUCUCCCCUCAGACAGCCCAGCCGUCACAGAGACGAUUGUUGAGGGUUGUCAGUAGUUUGGCGUCCCUGCUGAGACACUGGACAGUCAGACAGUUAGACCUGACUGAGUUGUGCGCUCCUGCUCAGGGUCUUAUUCCACUGCUGCUUCAUGACGGCCCUCUAACAGUCAAACUGAGUGAAGAGAUUCUCCAGCAGCUCCUCCUCCUCCUCCAUGAACUCCAGGACAGGGACUUGACCUGGUCCUCCUUGAGUAAGAUUGGUGGAGACCUGACCUCCAGCUGAACCUUCUGAACUGGGAGCUUCUUCACUAUCUGCUGCAGUCGUCGCCUCAGAUUGUCACUGUGAACAUGAGGAAGGGCCGCUUUUUACAGGUGUAGUGGACUGCCUUGGCGUGGUCAUUACAUUUUUCCUCUGAGGAACUCCAGAGCUCAAUGUCCCCUGGGCAAGU